UUGCGACAAAAAGGUAAACAAAUCAAACAUUGCUUGUUUUUACCGGAUUUACGGGGCUUAAAGCUUAUAAUUAAAGAAAUAACAAUGCACAACAAGUCAAAAACCAGUGCGGCGUCUCAACAGAGUCCGGAGCAGGCUGCCAAUGAAGCGCGCAUAACCCAAAUCGAGGAGUUUAUCAAUGAAGUCCUAAAGGAGGAGCUCCGCCAGCUGGAACAAUGGAUUGGACAGUACAACGAGGAGAUAAUGGAGUACGUGCAGUUGAAGAACACGCUCCAAACCUUCGACACGCAUUUGUCCGAGGGCUACAAAACGCAGGUUAACAUUGGUAGCAAUAUCUUUAUGCAGGCCAGAGUUCGCCAGAUGGAUCGCAUCCUGGUGAACGUGGGCAAGGAUGUCUAUCUGGAGAUGACCCUGCCGGAGGCGGAGCAGUUCAGCGACGUUCGCGUCAAGAUACUGACCAAGCAAUCCGAAGUUCUGCGCGAGGAGAGCGUCAAGAAGCGGGCUCAAAUUAAAAUGGCUUUAAUAGCAAUCAGCGAAAGGGCCAAGCUCAACCAGCAGGACGAUAGGAAAUAGACAAGGAUGCAACAGGCAGGAUGGGAGAUUGAUUGAGGGUACCUUACGUUAAAUAAUAUACAAUUUCGGUUAAAUAUAACUCAGGAAUAUAGCUCCGUAAAGAAUAUUUAAUGAAAGACAAGCUGGAUGCUGCGAUUUUUGGGAUUUAAAUCAAAUGACGCCUCUGU